AUGCUCUCGAAAUUGCAGAGAGCUACAACGCUCCUUUCCACUCCUAAACCCAAUACCAAUACCAAUGCCUUGCGUCGGUACCUCUUCCUUAACUCCCUAUGCACCAACACUGACUCAACCCAACUCACUGAAUCACCUGAGCUUCCGAGUUGGGUCAAAGCCGUUCCCUCUAAAAAUGCCACUGGUGAAGAUGACAACGCCGAAGACGAUGAUUUUGUCAUUCCCUCCCUCGCUCAAUGGGUCGAAUCACCAAGUCGAAGGCUUGUUGAACUUGAAGCCCGUAAACAACUUCUCAACGAGACUACCGAGUCAGAUAUCGAUAAGUUGAGCAAUAUUCUUAAGCAAAGGUACGCUUCUCCUAAAGAAGUAGCUCAAGCUCUUGAUGGGUGUGAUUUAAAUUUAUCAGAUAGUUUAGUGGAACAGGUUUUAAAGCGAUUUAGCAACUGUUGGGUUUCGGCUUUUGGUUUUUUCACUUGGGCAGGAAUACAAACAGGUUAUAGGCAUUCCCCAGAAUCAUAUAAUCUAAUGGUUGAUAUCUUGGGAAAAGCCGAUGAGUUCAAGCAUAUGUGGGAAUUGAUUGAGGUAAUGAGCUCUUUGGAUGGUUACAUUUCGUUGGUUACAAUGGCAAAAGUCAUUAGGAGACUUGCAAGAGCUCAUUUGUAUGAGGAAGCCAUAGCUGCUUUUAAGGGAAUGGAAAGACUUGGUAUAAGCAAGGACGUUUUAGGUUUGAACAUACUUCUAGACACACUGGUUAAGGAGAAUAGUGUUGAGCAUGCCCAGGAAGUUUUUCUUGAGUUUAGGGAUGUAAUACUUGUGAAUACUGCAAGUUUCAACAUUUUAGUACAUGGGUGGUGCAAAGUUAGGAAGUUUGAUACUGCUAGGACGGUUAUGGAGGAUAUGGAGAAACAUGGGUAUCAACCCAAUGCAUUUACUUAUACUUGUUUCAUCGAAUCAUACUGUCGUGAAAAGGAUUUUCGAAAUGUGGAUGCCAUUCUUGAUGAAAUGAAGGCCAAAGAUUGUGCUCCAACUGUUGUAACAUACACUAUUAUAAUGCAUGCUUUAGGGAAGGCAAAACAGAUAAAUGAAGCUGUGGAGAUAUAUGGGAAAAUGAAAAAAGAUGGCUGUGUUCCUGAUUCUUCUUUUUUCAACUCUUUGAUUUUCGUUCUUGGGAAAGCGGGAAGGUUGAAAGAUGCUGAGGAUGUGUUUGAUGAUAUGUCAAAGCAAGGAGCUACCCCAGAUGUGGUAACCUACAAUACAUUGAUUUCUUGCUAUUGUGACCAUUCACAAGAAGAGAAAGCUCUGAAAUUGCUUAAGAAAAUGGAAGAUGAAUCUUGCAAACCAGACCUCAAAACUUAUGCUGCCUUGUUAAAGAUGUGUUGCAAGAAGAGGAGGAUGAAGGUGCUUCACUUUCUGCUCAAUCAUAUGUUUGACAAUGAUAUAUCUAUUGAAUUUUCGACAUAUUGUAUUCUGAUUAGUGGGCUUUGCAAGAGUGGGAGAGUUGAAUAUGCUUAUUCUUUCUUUAAGGAAAUGAUUUCAAAGGAUAUGAUUCCUCAGGACAGUGUUUAUAAUAGGUUGAAGAAGGAACUUGAGGCCAAGAAUAUGGUAAAGGAAAAAGAAGAUAUUGAGAAGUUGUUUUUGAGGAUAAGUAAGACAAUUGCUUAGUUGAUCAAAACAGUGUAAGUUUGUGAACAAUUUGGCAACUGGCACAACUAUCUGUUAAGAGUUUUAUUGCUUAGUUUAAAUAUAUCUUGUGUUUGCAUUUUUAUGUUUAUGGUUCAUUUCACUAUUUUGUAAUGAAAAGUGGUUCGCUUUGAGUUGCUAACA